AUGCUGGGGUGAGUCGCAAACAGCAUCCACUGGAUUUGAUUCUGGUUGUGAAUCUCGACCAUGGGGACUCCGGCCUUCUACCUGCUUCUGCUCCUAUUUCUGGGGGUCCUUCGCCUGCCGGGGUCCAGGGCGACAGGGUCGCACUUUCUCCGCUAUUUUUUCACGGGUGUUUCCCAGCCGGGCCCCGGCCUACCGGCAUUCACGGCUGUCGCCUACGUGGAUGACCAACAGCUCGGCCGCUUCGACAGCAACGGGGGCAUGUCCAUCCCCUCGGCCUGGUGGAUCUUGGAGACCGACGUGGGGGAUCAUUUGAAGGACCUGAAGAGAAUCGCGACAGGACUCUCCAGGGAUUCUCAAGACUCCCUGAGGGAUCUGCCCCGCUACUACAACCAGACCGAAGGUGGGUCUCAUUCCAUUCAGACCAUGUUUGGCUGUGAGGUGGAGGACAAUGGCACAGUCAAGAACGGCUACUACCAGGUUGGCUACGACGGACGAGAUUAUAUCACCCUAGAAAGAAACCAUAAGAAUAUGACCUGGGUGACUGCCGAUACCGUGGCCCAGAUCACCAAGAGGAUGUGGGAGGAGAAUGAGAAAUUCACCAGUCGACUGAGAAACCACCUGGAGUGCGAUUGUCCCAAAUGGAUGAAAAUAUACCUGCGCCUCGGAGGGGACAGCCUGAAUCGGAAAACCCCCCCAUCUGUAGGGGUGACCCGUCACCCCAGCCCGGACGGGGACGACGUCACCCUGCGGUGCCGGGCCCUCGGCUUCUACCCGUCAAGGAUCAGGAUGAGGUGGCAGCGGGAUGGGGAGGACCUGACCCGGGACACGGAGCACGUGGAGACGCGGCCUGGCGGGGACGGAACCUUCCAGAAAUGGACGGCGGCAGUGGGGGUGCCCCAAGGACAGGAGUGGAGAUACGCCUGCACUGUGCAACACGACGGCCUGGCUGAGCCCCUCAUCGUGCGCUGGGAACCAUCUCCUCCCAUUUCUGGAUUUGUGGCUGCCAUCUUCAUCCUCACUGCAGGGAUCCUAGCAGUCGUCCUCUGGAGGAAGAGAUUAGGUGGAAGGGAUGGGAACGACAAAUUAACUGGAACCUGAAAUGGAUGCCCGCUUGGGAUAAAGAGAACAGAGAAUCCUGCUGGUACUUUUACCCUCCCUAGUUCCACAGUAUGUACUUUAUCAAUUUCAAAUUGCACCUGAUUCCAUUCUUCACUCUGUGUAUGUGUCCAUUUCCUCUUGACCUAUGGUUUGCACAUUUUUCUGUUUGUUUUAAUACUUGUAUUUAUUAAGCGCUUACUACAUGCAAAGCACUGUGCUAAAUAGUGGGGUAGAUAACAGAUUAUUAGAUCAGAUUCAGGCCCUGUCCCACAUGGGGCUCAGAAAAACAAGUCCGUUAUGCCAUCUGUCAAAAGGCUGGCAUUGAGCUUCCUCUGACGGACUUCGAGACAGGUUACUGCAUCUCCAUAAAACUAGCUUUCAUGUCUCCUCCCACAUGUUUGGGAGUAAAGGGAGUAAUAUCUGCUGUGGAGUUUCUUCUGGUCACAAAGAGUGAUUUCCAUUGGAAAAAAAAACACUUAAAAACAAAACUAAACAAAAAAUUGCCCUGGGCAAAGAUGUCUAUUUUUAGAUCUGGGAAACUGUAGCCUCCCUGCUUCAUGUUUACUGUCGUUGUGUGGAAAACUUGUCUGUUUUGAAAUAUGGAAUCAUGUACAAAUUGAUGGAUUAAGGGCAAAUGUAAAUGAAUAAGUGGUGAUGCUCUUUCAAAGAAUUAUUGGAUAAAGUUAAAAUACCACUCAAUACAGUUUGAAACUAGAUCCCUCUUUCCUUGAGAAUACUGCACACUAGUUUUGGUAAGGUAAAAAUGCUUCCAUAAUAUCCUUUAAAAUCAUUUCAAUUCCUGAAUUGUUGUCAUAUGCCUUUCAUAUUUUUUAGGUAAUAAGUGGUCAUAUUAGCUACUGAAUUAUACCAAUGGUUUAGAAAUGCAUUAUUAGUCACUCUGAACUGAGCUUUUCUCACUUUAUGGGUCAGCAAGGAUUUUUUGCAAGUCGACCGAGGUCUAAGUAGGGAAACAGGCACCAAGUGCUAUAAUUUCAGUUUUAUUUUCUAUAUUGUGAUUUGUUACUCCGUUGUGGCCUUCUAGGUACAGUGAAUAGCUUUUAGGCCUAUCUCCUUGAAGAGUACUUUUAACCUAAAAAGGCAAAAUCUCUGGUCCAGUUUUGAACAGGGAGCCUGCUGGGUGUCCAGCUCAGAACUCGACACCUGCCGGGUACACGGCACUAUACUGAGUGCCUGCAGUGAAUUGGGCACCUUCCCUGGGAAAAGUCUGCAACUUGGUAUUUGGGGAAAGGGUCAGAUCCCUUCCCUCGAGAGGAUUACGGACUAAUGGGAGAGUCAAUUGAGCACAAAGUGUAAACAUACAGUAGGGAAAAGAAUGAAAAUUAGGUGCAUGGACGGUAAACAAAACCCGAUGAUAAACUAAAUUCAGCCAUUCAUUCAAUCAAUCGUAUUUCUUAAGCUUUUUCUGUGUGCAGGGCACUGU